UGGGACAUCCCAUUCCCAGUCCGCCUGCCUUCUUCGUCGUACAGUAAAUUCCCCGCAAUUAGGCCAAGGCGAAGGCAGAAAAGCUCCAUCUUCAGCUACUAGAGAAAUCAGAACGCGCACGAGAAUCCAGUUCUUCCUAUCUCCCUUUCUAUUGUUUUCAUUUUAGAGGUUUUCUCAUGCAAUCCAGUUUAUGUGCAACUUCUAUCAACUCUACUCAUUGCCACCAUUCGUGGGCUUCUUCUCCCAAUGCCAAAAUUUCCUUAAUCGAACCGGCCAAAACAGUUAAACCCAUAACCCUCGUUAAACCCUUAAGAGUUGUAAGCUCCCUGAAAUCCUCGUUCAACUUUCACAAGGACUUUGACUUUGAAAAAGAAGACCACCAAAACCACAAAAAUCAACAAGAACAAGAACAACCCACAAAUUCUUAUCACCUUCCCAUUGUUAUUCGAAGUUCCGGCAGUGCUUCAAGGUACUUCUGGGAUGGUAACGGACUGAAAUUGGUAUCUAUUCACGAGAAUUCUUUUUCUUUAUGGGACUUUUGUCUUGAUUUUGAUGAUGCGGUUCGGAGGCUGGUUAGAAUCUGCAAUUCUGCUUUGAGAAACUUCUUCCUCCCAAGGGAAGUGAGUGGAAAUUAUCUGGAAUAUGUUAAAUGGAAGUUGUUGCACAGAGUUUUCAGCUCAGCUCUUCAGGUUCUUGCUACCCAGGCAAUGUUCAGGGCAAUUGGAAUAGGCUACAAAAGGUCGCUUCCCUCGGCCGCCGCUUUGAAUUGGGUGUUGAAGGAUGGGCUUGGACGGCUGAGCAGGUGUAUCUACACUGCUAGCCUAGCAUCUGCUUUUGAUACCAACCUUAAGAGAGUCAGGUUCUCAACGUCUGUUCUCUUCAGUUUGAGCAUUGGAGUUGAGCUGCUGACUCCGCUUUUUCCCAGCUACUUCUUGCUGCUUGCUUCGGUUGCCAAUAUUGCAAAGCAAAUAAGCCUAGCAUGCUACUUGGCCACUGGUACAGCUGUGCAUAGAAGCUUUGCAGUUGCCGAUAACCUUGGUGAAGUUUCUGCGAAGGCACAGAUUCAAACAGUUUGUUUUGAUAACCUUGGUCUUGUGCUAGCAGUGCUCUUAAAUAUCAUGCUUAGAAAUAACCAAAGAGUGCAGGCAGCUCUACCAUUUGUGGUAUACCCAAUCUUCUCGGCAAUUGAUCUUUUUGGAAUUUAUCAAGGGCUGAAGCAUGUGCAUCUGCAAACACUGACCAAGGAUAGGCUUGAGAUUAUUAUUAAUGCAUGGAUUCAUCAAAAAUACAUUCCAUCACCUGCUGACAUAAGUAGAGAGGAAGGUAUCAAUUGCUCGUGGAGAAAAGGCAGGGAACUUUGGCCAAUUAGAAUUGGUUGCUUAAAUGUGAGAGGUCAACUACCUCAGCUAGCAAUGCUGACAAUGCAAGCUUUGAAGGACGAGGAUUUCUAUUUCAUAUGCAUGGAGAGAUUCAGCAAAGGAUUGUCGAGAAUUGAUCGACAUGGGAUUGUUCUUUCUAUACGGGAAGGAGCAUGCUAUUCAGAUGUUAUGACAGGUUUACUGCAGGCAUGUUACAUCCGCAAACAUCUUGUAAGUGGCAGGAACAGUGUUGAAUCCGCUGAGUGCCCCUAUCCACAUUCUCAAGAAUGGUUCAAAUUGAUCGACGACAGCAAGAAGUUAGCGAAAUUGAAUGUGAACAUUUUGAAUGAAGAGAUGUUGGCUGUGGGGUGGGCUUGUAAGAACAUUCUAUUGACUGCGCAGGAGCAAGCUCGAUAUAGUUUUGUGGCUGACUGAAGAGAUUAAGCAUCCACAGAAACCCAUUCUCCUGCUUCAAAUUGUUUUUCAGAAAGCCAAGGUAGGGGGGCAGGAUGGUGACAAGGGAGGAUGGUGACAAGGGAGAAGUCCAACUCGAAACAGAAUCAGAAGAUAAAAAAGCCACAAGGACAACCAAUUUACCAGAAGAGAAGAAAAGCAUUUAAUCCAGUAACCGGAAGAAAAGGAAGUCAGUUUAAUUUCCAUGCUAGAGGACGGCUUCGUGUGGCAAUAUUCUUUUGGACAGAUAGGAACUUAAAAGCAGAAUUUGUAGUUGUUGAGGGCAGUUUAGAAGCAAAAUGCGGAAUUAAAAGGUCCACUUUCAGAGGGCGAACUUUAGCAUCCUGUCACUUUGUCAACCUCGUGUAGAUUUUUGCCAGGUUGUGUCAUGCUUCAAUUUCAGAAAAGUUACUGCUAUUAUUCCAUUGA